AUGACAAAUCAAGAAUUAAAAGUUGGACCUACAACAUCUGUACAAAUUUUAUCAUCUAAAGAUGCUUCUUCAUUUAAAACUAUGAUGGUAAUAUAUAUACUAUUUAUACUAGAAUUAUAUAAUAAUAAGAGUUAUAAGAAAGCAUUAAAAAUAGCUGAUACUAUAUUAACUAAGAAUCCAAAUCAUGGUGAAACAUUAUCAAUUAAAGCUUUAUUAUUAUUAUCAUUAUCACAUACUAAUAAUACCACAUCUAAUACUACACAUGAGAGAUCACAUGACACAACUGGUAAGAGAACAAAUGAGAAAAAAAAUGAAAAAUCUAAUGAAUCAACUAAAAACUCAUCUCAUGAUAAAUCUCACGAAAAAUCUAAUGAAAAAUCUAAUGAAACACGUAAAAUAGUAACUAAUGAGAAAUCUCAUGAGAGAACAAAUGAAAAAACUAAUGAAGAGAGAGAUAUGAGUGAGAUAAUAGAUAUAGCAAAAAGAGGAUUAAGAAAUGGUAUAAAUAGUUAUAUAUGUUGGUAUUCAUUAGGUAUGAUAUAUAGAAAUAUGAGAAGAUAUAAAGAUACGAUAAAAUGUUAUAUAAUGGCAUAUAAAUUGGAUAUGAAGAAUGAGCGUUUAUUAAGAGAAAUAUGUAGUUUGGAAAUAGAAAUAAAUGAUUAUUCAGGAUUUAGAAAAUAUGCAAGUAUCCAAUUGAAAUUGAAACCAAAAGAAUAUCGUGAAUGGUUAAUCUUUGCAUUUUCACAACAUUUAUGUGGAAAUUUAAAAUUAGCAAUUGAAAUAUUAGAAGAAGCUGAUAAAUUAUUUACUCAUAAUAAUAUUGAUGAACUUGAAUUAAGUGAAUCAAUAAUGUAUCAUGCAAUGUUAUAUGAACAUUUACAUGAAUAUGUAAAAUGUUCUUCAUUAUUACAAUUAAAAUCACAUUUAGUAAAAGAUCAAUUAACUUUUCUAGAAUUAAAAGCUAAAGCAGAUUUUUUCUCUAAUAAUAUCAAAUCUGCCAAUGAAAUUUAUAAAAAAUUAAUACAAUUGUACCCAUCAAAUUGUAAAUUUUUAUUCUUAUAUUUUUUAACACAUACAAAUAUUAAUAUAAGAAAAUUAUUUACAAUUAAUAUAGAAUAUAUACAGAAGGAUAUUAGAUUACGUUACGGUGCUUGGUCCACGGCAACUAACAGUACUAAGGAUAGUAAGGAUAUUAAGGAUAGUAAGGAUAUUGGUAGUAAGGAUAGUAAGGGUAUUAGUAGUAGUAAGGAUAGUAGUAAGGAUAUUGGUACAGUGGGAGCAAGCACCGUAACUGAGGGAAAGGGAGCUAAUUUUAUGCCUAUGGAAUGUACUAGUGAGAAAAUUUUGAAUGAAAUUGCUGUUGUAACUAAAACUGGGGAGUCCAGUACUUUUUCCGUGGAUACUAAGGGAGUUGGUGGUACUGAGGGAGAUAUUAAGGGAGCUAGUGAUACUAGGUUCGAAUCCCAGUCCAGUAAUACUACUGGCCGUGAACCAGACACCGUUACGGAAGAAAGUUGUAUAAUAUUAAGUGAAGAAAUAUUUGAUAUAGAUGGUGAAUAUUCAAUAGGUGGUUGGUUAUUAGAAAAUAAAUUAUAUAAUAAUAUUAAUUAUUAUUUAUUACAUAAAAAUAAUGGUAAAAAUAAUAAUAAUGGUAUUAAUGGUAUUAAUGGUAAUAAUGAUAAAUUAUUGGUAAAUUCAAUAAAUUCAAUAAAUUCAAUAAAUUUUGGUAAAAAAUCAUAUAAUUUAAUUAAUUUAUAUAAUGAAAGUUUAUAUAAAAAUUCAGAAAGUUUAUAUAAAAUAUUUGAAAAUUUGGAUUAUAAAGAAUAUGUGAAGAAAAUGAUGAGAAAAUUGAAUAAGAAAAUUGAUAUAGAAAAAAUAAUAUCAAUAGAAGAAUUAAUAAAAGUAAUAAAUUGUUAUAUAGAAAUAUUAGAUUCCAAUAUAAUCUAUAGAAAAAUAAUGAAAAAAGAUAAUUAUCCAUUAUAUAUAUUAACAAGAGAAUUAAAAGAAUCUGAAGAAAAUUUAUUAUUAGAAACUUUAGAUGAAUUAAAUUUAAAAGAUAAAUUUGUAUAUAAUUCUUUUCAAUUUUUAUUCUCAAAUAAUUUAAAUUUCUAUACUCGAGCUAAAAAAUUUAUUCUCACAUCUAUAGAAUUGGGAAAAAUUAAUAUUAUUAAAACAUUUACACAUGUUUUAACUUUUAAAAAAUUUUAUAUAUUAUUAUACAUAUGUUAUGAAUUUCUCGGUACGGUGUCAGGUACUACGGAUAGUAAUGGACCUAAGGUUAGUAGUAGUACUAAUAGUAAUAAGGAUAUUAGUAGUACUAAGGGUACCGUAGGAGCAAGCACCGUUACGGAGGAAAAUAUUAGUACUAAUUUUGCUGCUUCGGGAAAGGGAGCUAAUUCUAUGGGUAUGGAGUGUACUACAGGAAAGGGAGCUAAUUUUACAGCCAUAGAGUGUACUAGUGAGAAAAAUUCUAAUGAAAUUGCUGUUGUAACUAAAACUGGGGAGUCAAGUACUUUUGUGGAUACUAAGGCGGUUGGUGUGGGUACUAAGGAAAGUCCUUUUGGGGCUGAUGAUGAGAAAACUACUGGCCGUGAACCUCACUCCGUUACGGAGAAAAAAAUAUAUAAUAAUUAUUUUAAAUUAAUAAUUAUAAUAUUGAUGGGACAAUUAUAUGAUAAUUUGGGAUUAUAUAAUGAAGCAUUAGAAGUGGUAAAUAAAGGAUUUGAAAUAACAUUAACAUCAAUAGAUUUAUUAUGUUUACGUGGUAAAAUUUAUAAACAUUUAUGUCAAUAUUUAAAUAGUUUUAAUGAUUAUAAUUUAGCAAGUGAACUUGAUAAAUCUGAUCGUCAAAUUAGUGUUAAAUGUUCUAAAGCAUUUAUACGUAUUAAUAAUUUCAAAUUAGCACAUCUCAAAUGGAAAUCUUUUCUAAUUGAAGAUAUAAACAAUAAAUUUAAUAAUUUAAAUAAUAUAAAUAAGGAAAAUAUAAAUGAAAAGGAAAAUAUAAAGGAAAAUAUGAGAGAAAUUGAAAAUAAUAUUGAAAUUCCAAGUUUUAAAUUUUUAAUUAUGAUUUAUUUACAAAAAUAUUUUUUAAUAUUAAUCAAUAGGAUUAAUUCCAUUACGGUGACUGGUCCAACAAACAGUAUUGGUACCUCUGGAAAGGGAGCUAAUUUUACAGCCAUAGAGUGUACCCCUGGAAAGGGAGCUAAUUUUAUGGGUAUGGAGUGUACUAGUGAGAAAAAUAUUAAUGAAAUUGCUGUUGUAACUAAAACUAGGGAGUCGAGUACUUUUUCUGAGGAAAGUAUGAGUAAGGAUAUUAAGGGUAGUGAGGGUACUAGUGGUACAGUUGGAGCAAGCACCGUAACGGAUAACUUAUUAGAAAUAUAUUUAGGAUAUAAAGAAAUAUUAGAAAAACAUUUAGAAAUAUAUACAAAUCAAUUAGAUUUUCAUAAUUAUUGUUUAAAUCGUUUAUCAUAUAGAAUUUAUUAUAAUUUUUUAAAAUUAAAAAAUAAUUUUUGUACACAUUAUUAUUUCUUAAAAUCUUUUAAAAAUAUUAUUAAAAUUGUUUUAGAGUUAGUUUCUCACGUAACGGUGCCCGUUACGGAGCUUGGUCCAACAGACAGUACUAACAGUACCAACGGUAACACUACUGAGGAAAAUUCUAAUAAAGUUGCUGCUGUAACUAAUACUGGGGAAUCAGGUACUUUUAAUGAGGAUGGUGAGGGAGUUAGUGGUACUAAUGAUACUAAUACUACUAAGGAGUCAGGUACUGAGGAAACUUCUCUUGGUGGACCAGACACCGUAAUGGAGAAAUAUAAAGAUGAAAUAAAUUAUUGUAUAGAAUGGAUGAAAAUAGUAUUAGGACAAAGAGUAUAUGAUCCAGGCCUAUAUGCAUUAUUUUAUAAAUUAGCAAAUAUAACAAAUAUGAAUAUAUUAUUCAAAUUACAAUGUAUCAUGAGAUGUUAUUAUUCAUCCAAAUGUAAUCCAUUCAAUCAUCAUCUAAUACAAUUAAUCUCACAUUUACUCAUUCAAUUACAAUUCUACAUACAAUUCGGACAAUCUGGACAAUCAACACAAUCUACUGUACAUUCUACUGGACUAACUGUACAUACUAUUGGACUGAAUUUAACGGAAUUUGAAAAAAAAUUGAUAAUUAAAGUAUUGAAAAUUUGUAUACCAUAUGAAAAUUUAAUUAAUAAAAUUAUUCAUACAGUUAAUACCGUUACGGUGCUUGGUCCAACGGCCAACAGUAGUACUAGUACUAAAGGACCUAAUACUGAGGAAACCUCUUUCAGUUCUGUUGGAGCAAGCACCGUAAUGAAUAAUUGGUCUAGAGAGUAUAUAGAUAAUAUAAAAGAAUAUAUAAUGAAUAUGAGAUAUGAUUAUAAAGGAUUAAAAGGAUUAGUAAUGACAAGUUAUAAUGAUAGAGAAGUGGAAUAUUUGGAAGACAUUUUCAUGGAUUUCAAGAGAAUAUAUGAAGGAAUACACUAUAAUGACUAUAUUAAGAUUCAAAAAUUCCUAAUGGAAGUCAUUUGUACAUGUCAUAAAUCACAAAAUCAACAAUUCCUCAUUACACAAUUACAAUUAUUACAAUCACAAUAUACUAAACAUUAA